UCUCGCCUAUGCCACGCCCCUCGUUCUAGCCGAUGGGCGGGUCUUACUCAGCUCCCUGCCGAACCGCCCCGUCAUUCAGCGACUGUCAAACCGGCGGAGACGCAGCGCUGACAGGUGUGAAGCAAGUUCUGUCAGACAUCAGCCAUGGCAUUCAGUAAAGGAUAUCGCAUCUAUCACAAGCUGGACCCGCCACCCUACAGCGUGAUCGUGGAGACGAGGAACCGGGACGAAUGCUUGAUGUUCGAGUCUGGUGCAGUGGCGGUGCUGUCGGCUGCAGAGAAAGACGCCAUCAAAAACACGUACACCAAGAUGCUGGACGCCUAUGGUAUCCUAGGAGUUCUUCGUCUUAACCUUGGGGACUCCAUGCUCCACAGUCUGGUGGUAGUGACUGGGUGCAGUUCGGUGGGGAAGGUGCAGGAUUCGGAAGUAUUCCGGGUCACAGCCACAGACUUCGUAUCUCUGAAGAAUGACCCGUCGGAUGAGGACAGGAUCGCCGAGGUGCGGAAGGUUUUAAACUCUGGGAGCUUUUAUUUUGCCUGGUCGUCCUCUGGAGUGAGCCUGGACCUCAGUCUGAAUGCACACCGCAGGAUCAGAGAGGACACUUCGGACAAUCGCUUUUUCUGGAAUCAGUCUCUGCACCUGCACCUGAAGCACUAUGGGGUGAACUGUGACGACUGGCUGCUGAGGCUGAUGUGUGGUGGAGUGGAGAUUCGGACUAUCUACGCUGGCCACAAGCAGGCCAAGGCCUGUGUCAUCUCCCGCCUCAGCUCAGAGCGGGCAGGCACACGCUUCAACGUCCGAGGCACAAACGAUGACGGCCAGGUGGCUAACUUUGUGGAAACGGAGCAGGUCAUUUUCCUUGACGACAAAGUGUCGUCCUUUAUUCAAAUUCGUGGAUCGAUACCUCUGUUCUGGGAGCAGCCAGGCAUACAGGUCGGCUCCCACCGCGUCAAGCUGUCCCGAGGCUUUGAGGCCAACGCGCCGGCUUUCGAGAGGCACUUCACAGCUCUGCGGAGGCUCUAUGGCAAACAGGUGAUCAUUAACCUGCUGGGCAUGAAGGAGGGAGAGCACAUGCUUAGCAAAGCUUUCCAGAGUCAUUUAAAGGCCUCUGAGCAUGUCAGCGCUGUGAAGAUGUUGAACUUCGACUACCACCAGAUGGUAAAGGGAGGGAAGGCCGAGAAGCUGACCACAGUACUGAAACCGCAGAUCGGCAAGUUUCUGGACGAGUGCGGCUUCUUCUAUUACUCUGCUGAGACUGGAAUUGAGAGAUGCCAGACCGGAACCCUUAGAGUCAAUUGUCUAGACUGCCUGGACAGAACAAACAGUGUCCAAGCCUUCGUUGCACUUGAGAUGCUGCCCCAACAGCUAGAGGCCAUGGGGCUUACAGAGAAGCCCCAGCUGGUGGCACGAUUUCAGGAGGUGUUCCGUACCAUGUGGUCAGUCAACGGAGACUCUGUCAGCAAGAUCUAUGCUGGCACAGGUGCUCUGGACGGCAAGGCGAAGGCGGGGAAGCUGAAAGAUGGAGCACGUUCGGUCACCAGGACCAUCCAGAACAAUUUCUUCGACAGUUCUAAGCAGGAGGCUAUUGAUAUUCUAAGGCUGGGCAGCACUCUGAACAGUGAUCUGGCCGAUAAAGCUCGAGCCCUCCUCACUACCAGCAGUCUGUAUGUCUCUGAGCCCAUUUUACAAUCAGCAUCUCCUAGAGUGUUGCUGGGAAUGUGUCAGAGCCAUCACAAGUACACCAGGCCUAAAAAGAUCCGUGUGUGUGUGGGCACGUGGAACGUGAAUGGGGGCAAACAGUUCCGCAGCAUCGCUUUCAGGAACCAGACCCUCAAUGACUGGCUGCUGGACGCUCCCAAGAUAGCUGGCCACCCCGAGUUUCAGGACAGCAAAGUCCAUCCCCCGGAUAUCUUUGCCAUCGGCUUUGAGGAAAUGGUGGAGCUGAAUGCUGGCAACAUAGUCAGUGCAAGCACCACUAAUCAGAAGCUGUGGGCAGCAGAGCUGCAGAAGAACAUCUCACGGGACCAUAAGUAUGUACUGCUUGCCUCAGAGCAGCUGGUGGGGGUCUGCCUCUUCGUCUUCAUUCGGCCCCAGCAUGCUCCUUUCAUCAGGGAUGUCGCUGUAGACACUGUCAAGACUGGCAUGGGUGGAGCCACGGGGAACAAAGGGGGCGUGGCUAUUCGUAUGCUCUUUCACACCACCAGUAUCUGUUUCGUGUGCUCACACUUCGCUGCUGGACAGUCACAGGUCAAGGAGCGAAAUGACGACUAUGCCGAGAUUACCCGCAGACUCUCAUUCCCUAUGGGUCGUCUGCUGUACUCCCAUGAUUAUGUGUUCUGGUGCGGAGACUUCAACUACCGGAUCAACAUACCCAACGAGGAGGUAAAAGAGCUGAUCAGGCAGCAGAACUGGGAUGCCCUCAUCGCUGGGGACCAGCUUGUGGAACAGAAGAAUGCAGGCAUGGUGUUCAGGGGCUUCAUUGAAGGCAAGCUGGACUUCGCUCCCACUUACAAAUAUGACCUCUUCUCUGAUGACUAUGACACCAGCGAGAAGUGCCGGACGCCUGCCUGGACUGACCGUGUGCUGUGGAAGAGGAGGAAGUGGAACUUUGAUCGAACCGCUGAAGAGAUGGAGCUGAAUGUAGUAGGACUUCCAGUAAGCGAAGAUGAUCAGCACCCCUGGAGCCCUGGAGAGCUGAAGUACUAUGGCAGAGCAGAGCUCAAGACCUCAGACCACAGGCCAGUGGUGGCCGUCAUAGACGUGGACAUCCUUGAAGUGGACCCGGAAGCACGUCACCAAGUGUAUAAAGACGUGAUCGCUCUGCAGGGUCCUCCUGAUGGCACCAUCCUGGUCUCUCUGUGCAGCUCUGGGCCUGACGACUACUUUGACGAUGCCCUGAUAGACGAGCUACUGGACAAGUUUGCUAACUUUGGAGAAGUCAUUCUGAUCAGAUUUGUGGAGGAAAAGAUGUGGGUGACGUUUUUGGAAGGGUACUCUGCCCUGGCUGCGCUCUCACUGAGUGCCUCCACUGUGAUUGGGAAGACCAUCGACAUCCGUCUGAAGAGCCCUGGUUGGAUCAAGAGCCUAGAAGAGGAGAUGAGUGUGGAGAGGAUCUGUGGCAGCAUCCCCACCUCCGCUAGCUCCACACUGCUUGCUGAGGAUACUGUCAUGGGAGAUGAGUUCGACAUGGAGGGUGAUGUGGAUGAGGAGAUAGAGGACAUUCUCCCUCAGCACCUGCAGCCUGGGAUGGGCAUGGGUCCUGGAACAUCUCCCGCUACCUCUCCUCGCUCCAGUCCUUGCCCCUCCCCGACUCAUGGGGAGCCGGCCCCUCCCUGCCGGCCGAGCAGAGCCCCGCCACGCACAGCUGGACCACCGCAAGGUGGCCUAAGUCCGGUCACAUGUAGGAGGGAACUGGCAGGUUCUCCUGUGGAAAACCAAGCAGUAGGAGCUCCUCCAUCCCAAGGACUGGAACCAAAACGCCCCCCUCCCCCACGCCCCAACGCUCCCCCUGCCAGACCUGCACCCCCACAGCGCCCCCCACCACCCUCAGGAGAUAGAAGCCCUACACCUGGUAGGAGAGAAUCAGAAGGACAAAAAAGCCCUGCUUUAGCCAGAGCAGAUGCUGCAGGACGUGGCCAAUCUGCUGGAGCUCCAGGCGUCCCAAGACCGAACAUCCCUCCUAGAGCAGGAGUCAUCAGUGUGCCACCUCAGUCCCGACCACCUCCUCCCGCUCACCCUGGAGCUCCCAGACCCAUAGCUGAAGUUCACCCCGGGGCCCCUCGACCUGCCCCAGACAACCACCCAGGAGCCCCAAGACCCGUCCCAGAACCGCAGACCAAACCAGCAGAGCUCCCUCUGGGUCCUCCUCCAUCUCUUCCUGGCCCCAUGAGGCCACAGAUGGCCUCUCCCAUGCAGCCCCAGGCCACUUCCCCCAUGCAGCCGUCGAUACAGUCACAGCUGCCGCCGCCCAUGGUGCCCCAGCUGCCCCCACCCAUGCAGCCCACUUUGGCUGCUCCCCUGCAGCCUCAGCCAGCUGCUGCAGCCACAGGAGCAGCCGCCCCUCCUCAGCCUGGUCUGGCUUCUCCUAAGCCCCCACCCCGUAGCCGCUCCUCACAUGCCCUUCCACCUGAGGCUGCUGCUGCUCCUGCCCCUGCACCUGCACCUGCCCCUGCUCCUGCCUCUCAGACCAAUGGAAUGAAUGGAAUCCAAAGAGAAGCACAAUGGAAAGCAGACCCCUUGAACUCGCUCACCUCCAACCUGUUUUCCUCCACAUCCUGGCUGAACACCAAUUCCCUGUCACGGAGCAGCUCCCUCCACACCUCAUCCUCCAGUUCCAUCUCUUCCUCGUCCACCUUGCCCAACUCCCUGUCCCUGGAUUCCACAUCUCUGUUCUCCCUGCAGAUUCCAACAGCGGCUCCACUCCCCAGCGCUCCCGCCUCUUUGCUGGCCCCUCCUCCACCUUCCCGCAGCCGUUCGCAGGAAACCCUCCGCUCCUCCCCGAACCCUUUCCUGUCUGACCUCCAGCCGAGACCCAGCAGCACUAACCCAUUCCCCAGCACCCUGGCCACACCCCAGCGCCGCUCGCUCACGCCCGACUUCUACGCCCAGCAGCAGGCCGAGGCAUCCAAGCCUGCCCUCCCCAGGCCUGGGUCUGCCUUGGGCCACAGCGCCACCCUCCCUCCCUCCUUCUCCAGACCUCCACUCACAGCUCCAGCUUCCGCUCCCGCAUCAGCACCACCAAAGCGUACCCAGCAGUGGGUCACCUUUGACGACGAUUCGGACUUCACCAUAUCAGGAAAAGCUCCAGCAACAGCAGAAGCGACAGGGCUCUCUCUGCUGUCUUUGUCCUCCAGCGCAACAUUCCAGCAGCCCCAGAGCAUCUCUGGCUUUGACUCUCACAGCAACUGGGCGAUCCCUUCCAGCACGGCAUUCCCAACACUGCCCCCUCCCGUUCCAGUCAGGACUAAUCCAAACGUCACCCCAAGGAACCCUCAGAUCCCCGGCAGAACCAACGAGUUCACAGAAAGAUGAUAAUAUAUAGUGUAAUGCUCGACUGAGGCGUGCGUGGGAAAACGAGCGGAAUAUAAUUCUGUGUUUGUGUGUGGUUUGUAUAAAAGUUUCCGAACUGUCGAGUUUUCCUGCUGAAAUGGCUCAGUCGCUUCUUUCUGCCCAGAGCAGGCCUAAAUACAACACAACACACACCUGUUAUCUUUAAAUUGUGGUGGGCGAAAAACUGGUGCCUGUAUCUGUACCCAUAUUUAUGAAUACAUAGACAUGCACACAGCUGUACGUGAAAUACUGUGCAAUAUUUUAGCGUUCCUUCGCCAGAUGCUUCUUAUCACAUAUAAUAUCCUAUAAUUUUAUGCAUUUUUUUGGCAUUAAGCGUUUAAAAGAGCUGGAAAGUUGCAAAAUUGCAAAUGUCUCUUUGGGAACAACUAUUUUGCACAUUAAACUCGAUCUUCGGCAGAAUCUGGAAAGGAGAGAGCCACGUCCUGCAGCACCUUUUAAUGCGGCCUCCGGAGUUUUUAACGAGAAUAGCUGCAGGAUUUGGUGGUUCUUUAAACCCGUCGCGUAAUUUCUCAUUAUGAAUGUAUGUUUAGUCUGUUCUAUUGUCGACAUUUCCACCACCCUGUGUGGUGGCAGCUUACGUUGCUGUGCUUUCUGGAUGGUUACACUCGCUGUGUCUGAUCAUACAGGCCCACGCUUCUCUCUGUACUCUCUUGUAUCUCCAGACCAACGUGCUAAGUGUAUAAGUUGUGAAUAUAUAUAUUAUUAUAGCCUA